AUGAAGCACAAUCAACAACUUCCUAAUGCUCACAUGCGUAAACACUGGACAAGAUUCGUGAAGACCUUCUACAAUUAACCAGCUGCAAAAAGAAGAAGACAACAAAGAAGACAAGCAAAUGCAUUAAGGGCCUCACCAAGACCUGUUGAAUUGCUUAGACCAGUAGUGAGAGGACAAACAAUUAAAUAUAAUGGAGUGUAAAAGUUAGGAAGAGGAUUCUCAUUGAUUGAGCUUAAGGAAGCUGGACUCAAUGCUUAAUUUGCAAGAACAGUAGGAAUCGCUGUGGAUCAUAGACGUAGAAAUAACAGUUAAGAGGAAUUGGCUGCCAAUGUCAAAAGAGUCAAAGCAUACUUGUCUAAAUUAGUGCUCUUCCCAAGAGUAGCAGGCAAACCAAAGAAUGGUGUUGUUAAAGAUUCAGCAAACGAAGUUGUUGCUUAACCUGUUACUUAAAAUACUAAUCCUGAAGUUAUCACUUUCUAAAGAACACCCAGAAGAGAGAAAGCAACAGUAAUUUCUAAGGAGCUCAGAGCCAAGAACGUAUAUCGUAGACUUAGACAAGAAUGGUACAAUGCAAAAUUCGUUGGAGUCAAAGAGAAGAGAAAGAAUGCUAAAGAGUAGAAGAAAUGAAUAGUAUAAUACGUACAUUUGGAUAUAUUAAA